AACAAACAACGAAGAGUAAUUACUUCCGGGGUCAGUCCUCUCCAUAUUUAAACAAGUUGUUGGCAAAACAUGUUGUAUUCCACUCGGAGUUAAACUUUCAUUUUUUUUUUUUUUUUUACCAAUUCCAAUGAGUUCGCAAAAAGGUAACGUUUCUCGCUCGCGAGGGCAAAGGCAUCAAAACAUCUCUGCCUACAAGAACGACCGACAUGGAGCGUCCACACAAGUAAAGAAGGCAAACUCCAAGAUCCACGAUGGACUCUGUCAACACUGCAAGGGUGUCCUCGAGUGGAAAGUGAAGUACAACAAAUACAAGUCUCUAACACAACCCCGGAAAUGUAUCAAAUGUUGUCAGAAGACGGUGAAGGAUGCGUAUCACGUCAUUUGUAAGCCAUGUUCCCUUCAGCUUGACAUGUGCUGCAAAUGUGGAAAGAAAGAGGACAUUGUCAUCCCAGUCAACUCGCAUUUGGACCAAGAAGAAAAGGAACAGGAAGAUCUCAAAGACGGAGUCACAACGUGCAGAAAGAAGGACGUGGAUACCUCGGACAGGGAUGAGGAUUAUGACGAGGAUGAUGAGGAGGACUUCGGUGAUUUUGAAGAUGACAACUGUGACAGUAAUGCAACACCAAAGGAGACAAACAACAAGUGCGCUCCACUUCCUGAUAUGUCCAGAGUGAACAUUACAGAGUAAAGGUGAUGGCGCGACCUGGAGGGGCUGACCCUUGGGCAUGGAUGUGAUCUGGUAGGCAUGCAGAAAUGUGGCUGAACUGUCAGCAAUGGCGAUGUUGGAUCAUACAUGUUGAAGAAUAUAAAACCUGUACACGUGCUGGACACUUCAUUAGAACCAUAUACAGUUCUUUCAAGUACAGUACACAUUCUCUGAAAGGGGAACAUUAUCACCAGACCUAUGUAAGCAUCAAUAUAUACCUUGAUGUUGCCGAAAAAAGACCAUAUGUUUUUUUAACCGAUUUCCGAACUCUAAACGGGUGAAUUUGGCGAUUUGAACGCCUUUCAAUUGUUCGCUGUCUAAACAAUGACCUUUCACCCGUGACGUCACAACAUGAAGCAAUCCGCCAUUUUCUCAAACACAUUACACACACCAAGUCAAAACAGCUCUGUUAUUUCCAUUUUUUUUGACUGUUUUCCGUACCUUGGAGACGUUAUGCCUCGUCGGUGUGUUGUCGGAGGGUGUAACAACACGAACAGAGACUGUUUCAAGUUGCACCAGUGGUCAAAAGAUGCGAAAGUCCCUUGUUUGUUCUGCACACUGUACCGACGACAGCUAUGCUACAACAGAGAUGGCAAGAAUGUGUGGAUAUCCUGCGACACUCAAAGCAGAUGCAUUUCCAACAAUAAAGUCAACGAAAUCACAAAGGUGAGUUUUGUUGAUGUUAUUGAUGUUGAGUGUGCUAAUCAGACAUAUUUGGUGACGGCAUGACUGCAAGCUAAUCGAUGCUAACAUGCUAUUUAGGAUAGCUGUAUGUGCAUAUUGCAUCAUUAUGCCUCAUUUGUAGCUAUAUUUGGAUCCAGCCUUUCCCUCCACCCACAUUUAAUGCCAAACAAACGCAUACCAAUCGUUGGUUAGAAGGUGAUCGUCGAAUUCAUCCGCGCUUUCUCUCGUGCCGCUGUCUAUCGUGAUAUGGCUCAAAAGCUUCUGUUUCUUCUUUAAUGUCGUUUUCGGUACCUGCCUCCAUACUCCGACCAUCUGUUUCAAUACAUGCGUAAUCUGUAGAAUUGCUUACGGCGCUGAAAUCCGAGUCUGAAUCCGAGCUACUGUGCUAUACCUUUCUGUGCUAUCCGCCAUGUUUGUUUUUGGUAGCUUCCCGCAGUGACGUCACAGGAAAAUAGACGGGUGGAUAUCGCAAUGGUGUAAAUCAGGCACUUUGAAGCCGUUUUUCGGGAUAUUGCGUGAUGGGUAAAAUUUCGAGAAAAACUUUGAAAAAUAAAAUAAGCCACUGGGAACUAGGGAUGCACCGAAAUUAAAAUUUGUGGCCGAAGCCGAAUAAAAUGUAAACGCUUGACCGAAGGCCGAACACCGAAUAAUGAAUGCAGUUUUUCACAAUUUUUUUAAUAUUGCAUAAAUAGCCUAAGAGAAAUAUUUAGACAUGUUUUUCAAAUAAGGUAAUUUUUUAUUGAAUAUUGACAUUUUUUUAAAUAAUCCAGUAGCCUUUGCUUUUCAAAAAAAGCACAAAGUUUUUCAUUUAUAUUAGGCCUUCAAACAAAACAUGCAUUCCAAAAAAAAAAAAAAGUGCAUUAAAGUGGAUAAGCCCACAACAAAUGAAUUGUCCUUUUGGCAAAAGUCUGCUUAGCCACAGUAGAUAUGCUAAUAAUGUAAACAGAAGGCUCAAGUAAAUCUCAAUUAAGUGUGUGCUUGUUACCUCUUACACUUAUACAGGUAGCCUACACAACAGGCUAAUAAUGUAAACCGAGGCCCCACUAAAUCUCAAUAAGUGUGUGCUUGUAACCUCAUACACUUAUACAGGUACACAACAUAUCCCAACGUCACCGCGUCACUGCACGUUGGUUGAUUGCGUCACCGCGUCAAAAAAUUGCGUCACACGCCACUAUUCGGCCUUGUUUUUAACUCAAUUCCACCGAAGGCCGAAUGUGGCUUUUUUUGCCAUAUUCAGCCGAAUAUAUUUGGUUACCGAUUAAUCGGUGCAUCACUACUGGGAACUGAUUUUUAUUGGUUUAAACCCUUCAGAAAUUGUGAUAAUGUUCCCCUUUAGUGCAGUGGAACCUCUGUUUAAGAACUUGACCGGUUUUUGAACAGGGUUCGUAAAUAGAAAAGUUUGUAUAGCGAAGAAAAAUUCUCCAUACGAAACAAUGUAAAUAUGAAGUCAAUCAAUCAAUCAAUGUUUAUUUAUAUAGCCCCAAAUCACAAAUGUCUCAAAGGACUGCACAAAUCAUUACGACUACAACAUCCUCGGAAGAACCCACAAAAGGGCAAGGAAAACUCACACCCAGUGGGCAGGGAGAAUUCACAUUCAGUGGGACGCCAGCGACAAUGCUGACUAUGAGAAACCUUGGAGAGGACCUCAGAUGUGGGCAACCCCCCCCCUCUAGGGGACCGAAAGCAAUGGAUGUCGAGCGGGUCUAACAUGAUACUGUGAAAGUUCAAUCCAUAGUGGCUCCAAGACAGCAGUGAGAGUCCCGUCCACAGGAAACCAUCUCAAGCGGAUCAGCAGCGUAGAGAUGUCCCCAACCGAUAUACAGAACUGUAUAUCGAACAAACAUAACAAUGAAGUGAUGGAUCAAAGUUCUCUUUAACAAGACAAAACAAGAAGCCACACACUCACAGAAGUUCCUUUAGUGUCUUCACCAAAGAUCAUAAACCACGAAAAUAAACUUUUAAAAACUUAAAACCCGCUUGCAUUAACAUCGGCGAAGGAGUAGCUGAACGAGGAAGGAGCAGACACAGGGAGAGAAGGGUGGGAUCGGAGGUAAGGGAUCACGUGUGUGUGUAAGCGCUUGAAAAAGGCGCCGCUGAAUGAGAGGCAACUCUUUUCUCCCUCUGUGAAAUAAGUCUGCUUUGGCAUCCUUUUCCAGAAAUGUCUGGUCCCAUCACAAUUAAAACUUGCUGUGGUACAAAA